GAUGAUCUUCUUCAAAAAGGUGAUGGAUGGCUACAACAGCCAAAGAGCUUUUCCAGAGACAAAAACAAUCCUCUUCUUAAAAUCAGUUGGAUCUAAGUCUGCUUCGUCUCCUAGAACUAAACGGGCAACUGAAACUUGCCGUUCUGCUCCCAUCACCAGCAGCAUCCUAGAAGAUCCGCUUUUCAUAAUUCGAUACAACAGUACCCAGCAGUUUGAUUCAUGUCUGAGUGAUGAAGUUGUGAAGGCCAACCUGGGUCUUUUGCUUGAACAGCCCCUCCCAAAUGACUACUUGACCAUAGUUAAAAAGAAGUUAGACAAGAGCUACCCCGGUGGGAUUCCAGAAGAUCAGUUGAAGCUGCUUGGCUUCCUCUCACGUCAGUACAGCACAGACAAAAUUGGCAGUUGGAACCUCACUUCCAGUGACACCCUGGCUGCUCUUCUGAAUCCAGAGGAUGGCGCAUGGGAGAUGCCACAGCUGAGGCGACUGGUUGCAAGAUACAUGGAACUGGGAGGCUCACUCACUGGUCCCUUACUAGACAUACUGGGAGGCAAACACCUGUGUUUCCUGGAUAAAGAUCAGCUGCAGGAAAUCAACCCAGCAUCCAUUAGGCAUGCUGAAAAGUUAGAUAUUUCUACUUGUGCCCAAGUGAAGAAAGAUAUCCUGUACCAAAAGGCCCACACUGCAUUUGCCAGCCAAGAAGGAACAAGUGCCUAUUAUCCUCUUAUCCAGCCAUAUCUAGGGGGAGCUUCUGUUGAAGAGCUGAAAAAGUUGGCUAGAUAUCAUGUUGGUAUGGAUAUUGAUACAUUUAUUAAUUUAAAUCGGGAAGAACUAAAGGUUAGUUCUGACAUUGUGUCAUAUAUUGCUUAAGGCAAGGUGGGAUUAUGUCAAGAUUAGCAAUGGGCUUCUCCAGCCCCUCCCCCCAAAAGACCUGUCUGAAAUAUAAUAAAAUAUAAUAAAAUUUUAUGGUGUUCUC